AUGGCCAUGGCGCCAGUGGCGAAGCCAAGCGCCAAAGCCGCAGCCGGUGCAAAGGCUGCGAACGCGGGUGCCGCGAGAGUCAGGCCAAAGCCGCCGUCUCCGGCGACCUCGAAGGACAGCCCUCAACCACUGGAGCACGAGCUUUCAAGAGCGUUCGCGGUGGUGGAGAGCGAGAGGAAACACUUGCAGACGCAUGAGACGGAGUGUCGUUCGAUGCAGCGCCAACUGCUGGCUUGCCUCAAGGAGCAAGAAGAGCUGCAGGGUCGCGUCAAGUCAGCGGAGGCAGAGAAGCAGCACAAGGAGCGAGAGCUGGAUUCUGUGCGACAUGAAAAUGCGAGCAUGCAAUCGCAGUUGGAGGCGUUCAAGUCCGAGAAGUUGGCCAUCCUCGCGCAUCUUAACGUUGCCAAGCAGCAGCGACAGGCCUUGCUGCAUCAAAGCGGUGUAGUGGCAAAGGAGGUGCAGACAUUGCGACAACGCCUCGCGAAAUCUGCUGAGGAGGCUGCAAGGCAGAAGUCAGAGUUCAAGAUGCUUGAUGACGAGCUGAAGAUGCUGAGGCAGCAGUUCUCAGUCGAGGAACAGAGCAGAGGUAGUCUUGAGCAGAAGAUUGAAGCUGCCAAGAGUGAGCGUGAUGCUCAACGACUCGCAUGUAGACGUGCCCAGCAGCAGCAAAGGGCAUGUCACUCUGAGCUUGGUAGUCUGGAGACGGAGCGCCAGUUGCUGAUGUCGCAGGUAAGCGAUGCGCAGCAGAAGAAGAAAAACUUCGAGCAGAAGGUUGGGAGGGAGCAGGGAGCUCAAGCUGCCCUACAAGGCCGAAUAACGUCGCUACAGCGAGAGAUCAAGAAGUUGACGCAGCAAGAUGCCAGCGCUAUUGAGGCAAGCAAGCAGUUGCAUGCUGAAGUCAUCAAGCUGGAAGAAGCAAAGAAGGCUCUCCACGGCAAACUCCAAGCCGCCUCAUCUGAGAUGGCCAGCAAGCGCCAUGGCCUUCUUGAGCAGCUGAGCCCACUGAGCCCUUUGAGCCCGGGCUCCGACGUUUUUUCCUUCAGUCCCUCAACAAGGCUGGUUCAGCUGUGUUCUGACUUGCUCCAUUGGGGUGUUUCGUCAGCUCUUGUAAGUAACGUAGAGCGCUCUUGGCGCAGAACAAGGUCUGUGGUAAGGGCUUGCGCCCUGUCCUGUUGCCCAGCUGACAUAUGCCAUGUUUCGGCUCCGUGA